AUGAUUUUCAUGAAGAAACUAAAGAAAAUUAAUGAACAUAAUGCGCGUUAUGAAAGAGGAGAAGAAUCCUUUACAAUGGCACUUAAUCACCUUUCAGAUUUGACUCAAGAAGAAUAUAAAAAAUUAAAUGGCUAUCGCAAAGGUGAAAGGAGAAAAGGCUCAACAUUUAUGCGACCUUUUAAUGUCAAUAUUCCCGACAAAAUAGACUGGAGAGAAAAUAAUUAUGUGACACCAAUUAAAGAUCAGGGAGAUUGUGGAAGUUGUUGGGCAUUCAGUGCAACUGGAGCCUUAGAAGGUCAACACAAGCGAAAAACUGGAAAACUCGUCUCCCUUUCCGAACAAAACUUAGUCGAUUGCUCGCAUAAUGAUGGUUGUGAAGGCGGUUAUAUGGAUUUAGCCUUUGGAUAUGUCCAAGAGAAUAAAGGCAUAGAUACGGAAGAAUCGUAUCCAUAUGAAGGGAGAGACGGAAAAUGCAGAUUUAAGAAGAAAAAUGUUGGCGCCACAGAUCGUGGAUUCAUUGAUAUUGAAAGUGGAAACGAAGAAGUACUUAAAGAAGCGGUGGCAACUAUUGGACCUAUAUCAGUAGCGAUUGAUGCCAGUGGUGAUAAAUUCCAAAUGUAUGAAAAAGGUGUAUACAAAUCAAAGCACUGCGGUAGCACAAAUGAAAGUCUUAAUCAUGGUGUUUUAUUAGUCGGUUACGACACUGACCAGAAAGAAGGAGAUUACUGGAUUGUCAAAAAUAGUUGGGGAACCGAUUGGGGUAAUAAUGGUUAUAUAUGGAUAGCUAGAAAUCAUUCUAAUAUGUGCGGUAUUGCUACAGAUGCCAGUUAUCCAUUGCUAUAA